AUGAGUGAUGUGAAUCCAUCCGGAGCGCCCAGAAAUACGGUUGACUCACAAGAAUUGCACGAUUCUCAGCCAAAGUCACCAGCCACGACCACCUUGGCUGGGUCUCAGAAAAAGCGAGCUGCAAACUCAGGCGAGCCCAAGAAGAAGCGAGCACGCCAAACUAAAGAGGAAAUGGCGGCUGCCCGUGCAGAGGAAGAAAGGAUGAGACAAAUCAAAGAUGCCGAGAAAGAAAAGAAGAAAGCCAAGAAAGAAAAGAAGAAAGCCGAAAAGAAGGCAACCAAGAAGAAAUCCGCCGGUUCUAGAGCUCCAGGCAGAGGUGCUGGGUUAUACGACAAUAGUAGUGAAGAGGAUGACAGUGGGACGGAGCAACCUGAAGACCCCAAGCGAUCUAAUUCUCCUGAGGUUUUUUAUUCUGAUUGGGUGCCGACCCAGGACGAAGCGGAGCACCAACCAUCUCAGGUCGAGUCUGAUGGCCAAGAAAAACGCAAUCAAACUGCUGCAGAAACCCUCAUCCCAGAUGUUGUGAACAAUCUCGACGAACUCCCACCGCCGCUUGACUUCCCACCACUUGUUUCCAGAACCGACGGGGGUAACACUCAGGCCCAACCAAAUGUGAUGGAUGACCGUGUGGAUACUUCGAGACGAGACAGCUCUGAGCAUCUAUCACCACAGACCCCACGCAAUCCAGUUUGCAGACAAAAAUCUCAGUCCAUUCCACCCUCGACAAGUGCUUCUGAAUCCACCCAGACUCGUCGCCAGCGUUUCCCUAACCAACGCGCCGGUAAUGCGACUAGGGAAGGCCCACCAAAGGAGGCAUCUUCCAAAUCCAAGAUGUCGAGUGUUGCUGGUGCGUUUGGGGAAUCGUCCGAGCAAAGGUUUGGCUUCUUAGAUAAUCAUAUGAGUUGGGAGAAAGAGAAGUAUGGUCGCAUUGAAACAAAGGAGAAAGAAAUCUUUAGCUGGGAAAAGGAAAAGGACGAGCGCGAUCAUACCGAGGCAAAGGGAAAGGCGGCUAGGGAAUUGAAGUGGGAGAAACAGAAGUACAAUUGA